UUUUGUAGGCUACAGACUUCAUUGUCCUUGCAAACAAUAAUGUAUCCCUGAACAAAUAUUCACUGUGUAGACCCAUAUAGAAUUUGUAAAGCUACCAAAUCCCCAGAGAGAAGGGCCUUCAUCAAUUAAAUGGUUUUCAUUUCUUCAAGAACGAAUUUUUACAUGCUUCUAUCAAGCUCAAAUUGUUCAUAUUUCAGAUGGAUCAUAAUUUUCACGUUCUUUUACAUGUGCGUAUUAACUCAAUCAGAUCCGAGAAUUUCAGAAGCUGGGCUUCUAUGUGGCCGAUCAAGGCCGCCUCCAAAUACCAGUUACAUCCCAUUAUUUGUUAGAGAAAUGGAAGUUCUUUCUCAACGCGUCACUUCCCAGAAUUGGGGUAAUUAUUCAGUAGAUUCCAGCACAAUUUCGAUUUACAGUUUAGCCCAUUGUUACAGAGAUUUGUCGCACGAUGAUUGUCUCCAGUGCUAUGCGGCGAGUCGAACCCGCCUCCCCCGGUGCCUCCCCGCCGUGAGUGGCCGUAUAUUUCUCGAUGGGUGCUUUUUGCGGUACGAUAAUUACAGUUUUUUUGGCGAAGCAGUAGACCCAAAUUGGGAUAGACGAAAUUGUAAUAGUUCAAUUGUUGGUAAUCCAAAUGAAAAUCAGUUCACCCGAUCUGAAUUUAAUAAAAGUGUCGAGCAUUUGAUUGAUAAUAUUACAGCAAGUGCAGUGCUGAACGAUGGUUACGCGGUGGCGGGGUUGAGGGGUGUUUAUGGAUUGGCGGAUUGUUGGAGAACUUUGAGCAGAAAUAGUUGCAGGCAGUGUUUGACGGCGUCGUGUAGGGAGGUGAUACGGUGUUUGCCUAGUCAGGAAGGCAAAGCAUUGAUUACUGGUUGUUAUUUGAGAUAUUCAACUCAGAAAUUCUACUCUAAUCAUUCUGAUACAACAAAUAGUGGUUCUGAAAUAUCAAGGACGGGGAAAGUAUUGGCAAUUGUUUUAUCGGUAUCGGCCUUCUGUAUGCUCUCUGUAUUUUGUGGUUAUGCAGCCUAUCGAAGAUGGAAAAAACGAAAACAAGCAAACAAAAAUCUUGGCCUAAUUUUAUAUUCUUACAAUAAGUCGAAUUUGAAUUUCAAAUAUGAGACUCUUGAGAAAGCAACAAACUAUUUCGAUCCUUCAAGAAAAGUAGGACAAGGAGGAGCUGGUGCUGUGUAUCAAGGAACCUUACCAGAUGGAAAAGCCGUGGCCGUAAAGAGGUUGUUUUUCAGCACAAGGCAAUGGGUCGAUGAGUUCUUUAAUGAAGUUAACCUCAUUAGUGGAAUGCAACACAAGAAUCUUGUGAAGCUUUUGGGUUGUAGCAUUGAAGGCCCCGAGAGCCUGCUUGUUUAUGAAUUCGUACCCAACAAGAGCCUUGAACAAUACCUCUUUAGUAACAACAAGGUUACGAUUCUAAGUUGGAAGGAGCGCUAUGAUAUUAUAGUUGGAACAGCAGAGGGUAUCGCUUUUCUCCAUGGAGGUUCUGAAUAUAGAAUAAUUCACAGGGACAUCAAGACGAGCAAUGUUCUUCUGGACGAAAAUUUUGCUCCCAAAAUUGCGGAUUUUGGACUUGCUCGAAGUUUUGCAGUUGAUAGAUCUCAUCUUAGCACGGGAAUUGCAGGCACAUUAGGGUAUAUGGCUCCCGAAUACCUAGUAAAAGGACAACUCACGGAGAAGGCCGAUGUUUAUAGUUUUGGCGUGUUGGUUCUUGAAAUCGUGUGCAAUAGAAAAAGUAAUGCCUUCGUCGAGGACUCGGGUUCUCUCCUUCAAUCGGUUUGGAAACUAUACAAGGCAGAUAGAUUGACAGAACCGGUCGAUCCUUCUUUGAUGGGCGAUUUUCCAGAAUUUGAGGCAUCAAGAGUGCUAAAAAUCGGGCUUUUAUGCACACAGGCUUCAGCUUCCUCAAGACCAUCGAUGUCCGAGGUUGUCCGAAUGCUUACUGAUUGCGACUGUGAAAUUCCCGAACCCAGUCAACCCCCAUUUUUGAACACUAGCUUGCUUUCUGCAACCUCGACUAGGUCGACCUACAGCAUAAACAGUUUGGCAUCAAAUGCACAGACAAGAUUUGAAGCAUUUUACACCUCCACUGAAUCCUCUAUUAAGAGUUCAGAUGAACCUCUUAGAAGUAAACAGCAGAGUCAAAAAUAGAAACCCGACUUUUUCUUAUAUCCAUUGAAAUUCCAAUACAGCAUAGCUCAAAAUCAGACACUUCAUUCGACGAAUGCUAUCUAGACGGCCUCAAUUUAUGCACGGAAGCGCAAGUUUUUUUUUUUUUCUUUUUUUUUUUUGGUACACUGUCAGUAUAGUACGGUAGCUGGACUAUGUAAAAACCUCGCGAAUACGUGUACAUGAUCUGCAGUAUAGUAUGAGGGGAAGGGUACUAUACAGAAAUUGAUUGUUAUAUUGAAAUAUUUGUACUGAGAGUAGGUAAUGUUGGCGGUGGUUGUCAUUUUACAAGCAUUUAUUAUU